AUGCCAUUCAGUGAUGAAAAAGCCUUUGGAAAUGAGGACCACCUAAGUGAUUCGGACACAUCUCGCCUGUCUGAGAGCAUGGCCUGUUCUUCUAGUGACAGCGAGUCUCCGCGGGAUAGUUUUACCAGUGACUCUUCAAGCAAGCACGCUUCCCCUGUGUCAAGUCCACCAAAGACAGCGACACUUGAUGAAAUUAUGUCAACCACAAGAAAUCUGUCAAACUUAAUCCUGGCCCAUGAAAUUGUUGCAAAUGAGAACUUCCACAUGGAGAACACUGAUCCACCUAAAAACAGUUUAGAAAGGAAGGUAAAGGAGAUUGUUCACAAAGCAUUCUGGGACUGUUUGGAGUCAGAACUUAAAGAAGAUCCUCCCCAGUAUGAACAUGCAAUCACGCUUUUUGAUGAGAUAAAAGAGAUCUUGCUUUCCUUUCUAUCACCGGGUACAAACAGACUACGGACCCAGAUCUGUGAAGUUUUAGAUGUGGACCUAAUAAGGCAGCAAGCGGAACACAAUGCGGUUGAUAUCCCCAAACUUGGAAGUUAUAUCAUUAACAUAAUGGGAAAGUUAUGUGCUCCAGUCAGAGAUGAAGAUGUAAAAAAGCUGAAACCCACUGGUGACAUUGUACAAAUGUUGCGGGAUGUCUUCCAUGUUCUGGACCUCAUGAAAAUGGACAUGGUUAAUUACACUAUCCAGAAUGUUAGACCACAGCUUCAGCGACAGUUAGCAGAUUAUGAAAGAGAAAAAUUCCAAGAGAUCCUUGAGAAAUCUCCUGAUGCACUCAGUCAAACCACCAAAUGGAUUCAGCAAUCUCUUAAAUAUGUAGCAGAAGCAAAGUCUGAAGAAAAUGCAACCAGUGUAAAUGGUGUAUCUGUGGACAACCUGAGUCCAACCCUGGUGCUAAAUAGUGGUUUUGCUAAACUUCUGGAUUUGGACUAUGACAGUGCUGUACCAGAGACAUUGAUUACAGAUGACUUGCGCAUUCUUGAUUUAAAAUACAAGCUGCAUCAAGUUAAACUUGUAGCUUGCGUGUGUCUUAUUACUCAGAAUGUCAUGGGUUCUUCUAACACUACUGCAUUCAUAGAACAAGUGAAAGAUAUUUCAGCUGUUUUGCUCCAAGGCAUUAGCAGCAGAAAUUUUAACUUGAAAGAGGCUCUCCCUGCACUGAGUACUAAAAUAUGCUUUGAGAUGAACAAGUCACUGACAGAGAGAGAUCUACCUCCAUUAAGCAGUGACGUUCAGUCUGUCCUAAUGGGGCAAAUUUGUAGCCUUCCUGAGAAAGCUCAUCCCAUUUACAACUUGAUUGAUAAACGGACCCAGGAGUAUGUGACAACAUUCCUCUGUCUUCCCUAUCCAUACAAGCGUGUUCCUAUAAUCCCUGGGGGGCUCACAAUAGUUCGCAAGGAAAUGGAGUUUAUUGGAUUUCACUAUGCCAACAUUGUGAAUUUUAACAAACAAGUGUAUGGACCAUUCUAUGCCGGAAUCUUCCGGAAGCUGCUCUUCAGUGAAGUGGAAGGAGGGAAGGCAGAGGCUCAGGCAUAG